AUGGAAAGCAGCCGACGAUCAAAUGCGAGCACUCCUGCGGAUAGUGAGUCGCCCAAUUCUGUGUACACCCCUGCCACAGAAUCGUCAGUCCUAUUCGACAAUCUUGACGAGCUGCUUCGGAGAAUCCCUUCGGAUGAUUCUUACAUCCUUGUCACUGGAGGACUGGGCUUCAUUGGCAGCCACACAACCUUGGAGUUGCUCAAGGCCAACUAUAAUGUGAUUGUCAUCGACAAUCUCAGCAACUCUUUCGAGAUAGUUUUCGACCGCAUCAAUCUCUUGGCGCAGAAGUUCCACAAGGAAAAUGGGUCUCAGAUGCCAUCUUUGAGGCUGCAUGCUCACGAUUACCGUGACACAAGGGCUCUCGCUCCUCUGUUGGAACAAUACCGCCUUCCCUCGCAAUGGGGUGCUGCCAAGUCGAAGAUUACCGGCGUUAUCCACUUUGCAGCAUACAAAGCUGUGGAGGAGAGCAUCAGCCAACCGUUGAAGUACUACUCUAAUAAUGUCGGCGGUUUGAUUGAUUUCGCAACCAAUCUUGGCGAAUUUGGCAUCAAGACUUUCAUCUUUUCUUCAUCUGCCACUGUCUAUGGCACUCUCGCGAAUUCGGGUCUUCCGUUAAAGGAGGAACUCUGUGUCCACAAGGAGACCCCUGUCAACCACAAUGGGCAAACAAAACUGGUGCAGCCCGGCUGCCAGGGCAUCACCAACCCCUACGGACGCACCAAGUGGAUCUGUGAGUCCAUUCUUGCUGAUCUUGCUGCCUCGGAUCCAGAGUGGACAAUUGUCGCUCUCCGAUACUUCAAUCCCGUGGGAUGUGAUUCAUCCGGUCUCCUGGGCGAAGACCCGAGACAGACACCUACAAACCUUCUUCCAAUUGUUGUCAAAGUCAUGACCGGCCAGUACACCGAGCUUCAAAUGUUCGGAUCCGACUGGGACACCGCCGACGGGACGGCAGUCCGUGACUUUAUCCAUGUCACCGAUCUGGCUCGUGGGCAUAUUGCUGCGCUCAAGAAUGCAAAUGAGAGAAAUUUGAGCGAGAAUUUCCGUACAUUUAAUUUGGGUACCGGCUCCGGCUCCUCGGUCUUGGAAGUUGUCAAUACUAUGGAGAGUGUCAUCGAAAGGCCAAUUCCCAGGAAGGCGGCAGGACGCCGAGCUGGUGACGUGGGUUCCUGCGUGGCAGUCGCCGACAGGUCGCGGAAUGAGCUCAAAUGGAAGACUGAGAAAUCCUUGAAAGAUGCGUGCCAGGAUAUUUGCACGUUCCUUGCUGUUAGUGGCCUGUCUUCACAGUAG